AUGGAUGCGGCAGGCAGGAGGCUGCUUCUGCUUCCAAUGGGUUUCCUUCCAUUGUCUCAGCUAGCAGAACUACAACUCCUUCAUUUGAAAGAAAUGGGAAAAUUACAAUUCUUGUGUAGCAGCUGUGCAUCUUCCACAUUUGGAAAGCUUAAGGAUCUUAAGCUAGUUAAUCUUCACAUUUUUGAUGGAUUUUGUCAGGCAGCACAUGGAGCAUUACCAGAAGCAUCGGUGCUCAGAGAACCGUAUGGUGGUGGAGAUUACACAGUGGCCCGGUCCGCCUUUCCAGAACUGAAGAAGCUCAUACUGGAAGAUUUAAAUAGCUUUGAGAGAUGGGAGUCUGCCCUUGAAAUUGAAGAAGAACAUGCACUGUUCCCUUUGCUUGAGAUUCUUGUUAUCAUGAAAUGCCGAAAGUUAACAACUCUGCCUAGGGCACCAAAGGAAACAUCAGGAAGGAGCCAACUUUUGCCCCAUCUGGAGUCUCUAGAGAUAUGGCGGUGUGAAAGUCUAGUAGAGGUCUUCAACUCCCCUGCUCUCAAGACGAUGGAAGUUAGAUACUGUUGUCAGCUUGAGUCCCUAUACGGCAGGCAACAGUUGAAUCAAGAGGCUAGUAGUACCCAUGACGUGGCGGCAUCCACACCUGUUGAGGAGAAGCUGUCACCAUCGGCGGACCCGGAUAAGCUCCUUCCAUCAUCUUUAGAAUCUCUAACAAUAUGGCACUGUGACGGGUUGUUAGAGGUUGUCAAUCUUCCCUCGUCCCUCGGGCGAAUAGAUAUUGAAAAUUGCUCCAAACUACGGUUCAUAUCAGGCCAGCUGGAUGCACUCAAAAGCGUAGAAAUUAUGGUCUGCCCAGAGUUGCGGUCACUAGAAUCAUUAUGCACCAUAGAUUUCUCAGCACUGGAAUUCCUCUGUCUGUACGAUUGCAAAAGCCUGGCAUCCUUGCCCAGUGGGACAGAACCACAAGAAUACUCAUGUCUUCGUCGGCUUACAAUUAGGGGGUGCCCAGGUAUAAAAUCGCUCCCUUCGGCUCUGCAGCAGCGACUGGACAGCGGCCUCAUGGAAGCUACGUCCGUAGAUAAUUCCCGUCUCGAAGGUCGCUUUUCCACGGCUGCUUGGGCGUCUCUGCUCCUCGCUCUUAGGCCACUGACUGACAUCCAAUGGAGGAGGAGCAACAGCAGCAACUUCGUCACCGGCGAUCCAGCAGCAGGACACGCACACGCUGAAGCUGAAAUCAGAUUUAUUGGUGCCUUAUUAUUGCUUAUAUAA